AUCGAAUCGAAGACGGAGGAGGAGUGCAAAAAAAAAACAAGUUUCGAUCUUUCUUUAGUUCUUCUCUCGAGAUCUUCAGGAACUGUAAGGGUUUUUUUCGAAUCUUCGUUUCUUCUUUCUCAAUCGAAGCCAAGGGAGAAUCAAAUUAUUUAAAUAAGUUUGAAGUAGGAGGAGGAAGUCAUGUUUUCUCUUAUGGCUGGGCUAUGGAGUUACAUGUUCAGCAAGACUGAGUUCCAUGUGCUCAUUCUUGGUAUCGACAAAGCUGGGAAGACGACGUUUUUGGAGAAAUUGAAGACUAUAUACUCAAUCUCUGAAGGUCUUCCUCAUGAUCGAAUUGUACCUACUGUUGGACUAAAUAUUGGUCGUAUUGAAGUCUCCAAUGCUAAAAUUGUGUUUUGGGACCUGGGUGGUCAGCCUGGUUUACGGUCAAUUUGGGAGAAGUAUUAUGAAGAAGCACAUGCAUUGAUAUAUUUGAUCGAUGCCGCUUGCCCAACACGCUUUGAAGAUUCAAAAUCUGCUCUAGAAAAAGCCCUGCGGCAUGAGGAUUUGCAAGGAGCCCCUCUCUUGAUAUUGGCAAACAAGCAAGAUCUUCCAAGUGCUGUGUCAGCUGAGGAACUGGACCGAUAUCUGGAUCUAAAGAAAUUGGACGAAAGGGUUUACAUGUUUGAAGCAGUUUCUGGAUAUGAUGGGCGAGGAAUCAAAGAAAGUAUAGAAUGGCUGGUUGGAGUGAUGGAGAGAAGCAAAAGAACCGAAACAUUAAGAGCCCGUGCAGGGUACGCUCCCGUGCCAAAUGCAUAGACACACGAAAAAGGACUCGCAAACUCAACUCUCCAACCAACUGGUUUCCUUUGGAAAAUAUAUGUAGAUAAGAAACAGACCAGAAUCUUUGCAUUGUUUUGGGUUAGCAUCAAAUUCACAUGAUGAGUAUUGAGUAGGACUAGUAAACUCUUUAUCUACGGCCUUUUACUAAUAUUAUGAAGUCAAUUGAGAUUUUGAGAUCA